CGCGCCAGCUCGCAGGCCUCCGAGCGUUGCGUACCUGAGUGUUCCGUCCGCCAAGUAGUACACCGCCUGGAGACCUUCUCUAGCCGCGGCAGCAGAUCACAACACCCAGACCGAGAAGCUGGACCCAGCCCCUUGGAAAGAAUCCACUGUUGCUGGGAAUCAGCCAGCAUGAUCCGCCUCCGGCUCCUACGUAGUAUGCACAGGCGUGGCCAGGUGGGAGCCGCAUGGGAGAUGACUGCAAAUGGAGCAGCGCGCAGAGUUGCCUGGUCAUGCCUCAGAACUGGAGGCGGGACAUGCUUCGGGGAGCUGCUUGUGUCCUGCUUCUUACCUCUGGAGAGACUUUGCUACAAACUGAAGCUCUGCACAAAGGACUGAUGACCCAUCCCAGCGCGGGAUGUUCUCCAGAGACUUGAUUUGAACCUGCAGUUUACUCCAUCAGUGCUACGAGCCUGAACUAAGAACUUUGCCAUUACUGUGUCUGGGUUUACAGCUGUAACAUGGCUGUCACAAUAAAAGAAUGUCUUCAGCUUCAGCUGUUGGAAAUGGAAAUGCUCUUUUCAAUGUUUCCUAAUAAAGGAGAAAUAAGCUUUCAGGACAAAAAUGUUCUUUCUUAUGUGCAGAUGUACUUGAAAAAUAUAAAAGAAGGACUACCACCUCGGAUUGAAUAUUCAAUUUCUAUUGAUAUUGAUGAGCCAAAGGUAAAAGUAGACUUGCAUGUAUCCUUGCCUCACAGCUACCCUCAUGCAGCACCGCAACUAUUUGCAAGAUCAAAUGCACUAGACAGACCGAAUCAACUGCAGCUCAAUAAACAUCUCACUUCUCACAUCAGUUCUUUGGAUUUAGGAGAACUGUGUGUAUGUGCAGCUGUGCAGUGGGUACGAGACAACAGUGCAUCUUAUUUCCAAAACAGUAACGUCUCUUUUGAAACUGCUCCAAAAGAAAAGGCAAUAAAAAUAAUUUUUCAUCGAAUGUGGAUCUAUAGCCAUCAUAUAUAUAGACAGGAACUGAAAAAGAAAAUCUUUGAUUGCGCAAAGCAAUUAAAUUUGACUGGUUUCUGCUUAACAGGGAAACCUGGUAUUAUCUGUGUGGAAGGGCUCAAAGAAAACUGUGAGGAGUUCUGGCAUGUUAUUAGAUAUCCUAACUGGAAACACAUUUCCUGCAAACAUGUUGAGAGUAUGGAAACUGAAGGAAAUGAGGAUAAGCUUCAUCUCUUUCGUACUUUUGAAGAUUUACAAUUCCAGGCACAUGGUGAUUAUGGACUGAGGAAUGACUAUCACAUGGAUCUUGGCCAAUUCUUAGAAUUCCUUAAAAAGCAUCAAAGUGAACAUAUUUUUCAAAUAUUAUUUGGUGUUGAAGGCAAACAUUCAGACAAUCAAGUGCAUAACUAGUUUUAAUUUUGCGCAACAUUACAAAUGAUUUUUUUUCAGUUCAUCCAUGGAUAUAUGAUGAUUAAAAACUGAGUGAAAAUGAUAUACUGUGCUUAUAGCUGUUAUAAUAAGGGAAACUAUGUAAAGUAAGAAAAUCGUGGUGCAAGGAUAGACCCUUUGCUUUUGUUUUAAAUACAUCAUAUGUAAGACCCUUCGUUUUCAGUUUAAGCCAAUUUUUACGAAAAAAAUCCUGGGUUUUCAAAAUUACUUGUUUUUUUUCUGAUUUUUGACCUACUUUUGUAUCAUUCAACUAUAUAAAAAUUUGUAUUGUAUUUUCCUAAUAAAACAUUGCAUGAUAUAUAUAUAUAUAUAUAUAUAAUAUGCAGAGGUACCUGUUAAAGUAAGGCGAUGUAUUUGUGUAGAAGAUAUACACACAAUAAACUAACAGACAUGCAUGCAA